AUGCUGACGUUCGCUGCUCUUUCCAUGCUGGCCCUCGCCCGGGCCCAGCAGGUCGGCACCGAAACCUCCGAAUCCCACCCCAAGAUCACCUGGCAGCGUUGUACCGCUCCCGGCCAGUGCACCAACGUGAACGGCGAAAUCGUCAUCGACGCCAACUGGCGCUGGGUGCACGAGGUCGGCGGGUAUGAAAACUGUUACGACGGCAACCAGUGGACCGAUCUCUGCUCCAGCGCCUCCGACUGCGCCAAGAACUGCGCCGUCGAGGGCGCUGACUACUCUGGGACAUAUGGUAUCACGACCAGCGGUGAUGCUUUGACGUUAUCCUUUGUUACAGAGCACGAGUAUGGCAAGAACAUCGGUGCUCGAACCUAUCUCAUGGAGAGUGAUUCCAAGUAUCAAAUGUUCACUCUUAUGGAUAAUGAGUUGGCCUUUGACGUAGACUUGUCGGCUGUCGAAUGUGGCAUGAACUCGGCGUUGUAUCUUGUCCCCAUGAAGCCCGAUGGUGGCCUCAGCGAUGAACCUGAUAACGAAGCUGGUGCCAAGUAUGGUUUGGGAUACUGCGAUGCCCAGUGCGCUCGUGAUCUAAAGUUUAUCAAUGGAAAGGCAAACAUUGAGGGUUGGACCCAGUCCGCUACUGAUGAGAACUCCGGUCUCGGUAACAUGGGGUCUUGCUGUGCCGAGAUUGACGUAUGGGAGUCCAACGCUCAUGCGUACGCCUUCACCCCUCACGCCUGCGAGGAAAACACGUACCACGUCUGCAAUGGCGACGACGAAUGUGGUGGGACCUAUUCCCCGGACCGAUUCAAUGGCAAGUGCGACGCCAACGGCUGCGACUACAACCCCUACCGUCUCGGCAAUCACGACUUUUAUGGCCAGGGUGCCUCGGGCGUCGACACGACUAAGAAGUUCACCGUCAUUUCCCGAUAUGAGACCGACAAACUCAGCAUGCUCUUCAUCCAGGACGGCAAGGUCAUCGAGGUGCCCGGGCCCAAGCUCGAGGGUCUCGACCACUUCGACAACACCAUUACUCCUGAGUACUGCGCUGCCUAUCCUCCCCUUUUCGAGGACCACGACCGCCACAACGAGGUCGGGGGUACCCCUGCCCUCAAUGAGGCUCUUCGCUUGCCCAUGGUUCUUGUCCUCUCCAUCUGGGCUGAUCAUUACGCUAGCAUGCUUUGGCUCGAUUCGCUCUACCCACCGGAGAAGGAGGGUAUCCCUGGAACUCUCCGUGGCCCUUGCCCUCAGACAGGUCGUGACCCCGCUGAUGUCGUUUCCAACCAUGCCGAUGCCAAGGUUAUCUGGUCCAACAUUCGCUACGGCCCCAUCGGUUCCACUCAUGACACUGGCGGCAUCUAG